GAGCCAAGACUGUACAGCUGAGGUCAGAGGGAAAACAGACAGGAUGGUGUGGUUGUGGCAAGAGGCAGCGGAAGCCUAUUUUUGAGCGACUUCAACUGAAACGGAAUGCUCGAGUGUUUGUGAAUCCUGAAAGACAAGUGAAAAAUACAGGAGCUGCUGAAGAGAGAGUGCAUCUCCCAGGAGCCACAACUGCACAAUGGAGGCCAAAGAAAGAACAAACAGGGAGGUGUGGCGGUGACAAGAAGCAGUGGAAGCCCAUCUUUGAGCGAUUUCAACCCAAGUGGAGUGCUCAAGUGUCUAUGGAUCUUGAAGAAAGUGGAGAAAACACAGGUGGCGCUAAAGAGAAAGUGCAUCUCCCAGGAGCCACAACUGCACAAUGGAGGCCAAAGAAAGAACAAACAGGGAGGUGUGGCGGUGACAAGAAGCAGUGGAAGCCCAUCUUUGAGCUAUUUCAACCCAAGUGGAGUGCUCGAGUGUCUGUGGGUCCUGAAGAAAGUGGAGAAAACACAGGAGCUGCUGAAGAGAAAGAAUCCACUAUACUGUUAACACCAGAAGAACAAACAGGAUGCCAUGACAGCGUAAAGAAGAAGCCACAGUGGCAUAUCCUGGAGCGAUUUCAGCCAAAGCGGAGUGUUCGGGUAUGUAUGGAGACAGAACAAGGAGGAGACAACCUAGAUGCUGCUGCUCAGAUGACAUACUCUUCUGAUGAAUAUAUUGAAUUGAAGACUGCCAUUAAAAAGCAAGAUUCUAUACCAGCUGAGGAGCCAACAAUGAAGCAAGAAAUAUCAUUCAUGGCAGAGGCAGACUUAGAAGUGAAACCAAAGGAAAAGCAAAGAAGUCAUGACUAUGAAAAUAUUCAGUCAGUUAAUAUAUUUAAACAUCUUCAACCUAAGGGUAUUGACCAUUUAUCCGUGACCUCAGAUCAAAGAAGCAAAACUAUUAUAAGUGGAGAAAAGGAAGCAGAGCCAGAUUUAGAAGUGUCAUCAGGGGAUAACCAAAACAGAUGUUAUGGCAGUGAGAGCAAUCAGUCAUCGGUUGAAAAAUCAAAGACGCAUGCAAGGAAUGGAGGAGACGAAGCAAAACACCCCUAUGAAGCUGUUGUUUUUACUGCUACUGCUGCAUCUACUGCUGCUGCUGCGGCUGCUACUGCUGCUGCGGCUGCUGCAUCUACUGCUGCUUCUGCAGCAUCUACUGCUGCUGGCGCUGCUGUUGUUGCUGUUUCCAUUGUGGAUGAACUGGUUCUACAGAGAAGAUCUGGAGAAAUCAAUAACCAGAGAAUUCUUAUUAUGGAGAAUACAGAGCAUGAUGGGCCCCGAAAGAAAACAUCUAAGAAAAAACAUAAGGUAACAAAAGAAGUAAGAGCUAUGGUUGAAGUAACUCAGUCAUCUGAACCAGUCUCAGAGGAUGAUUCUGGAAGUUCAUUAAAAAUUCAGGGAUCACUUAAUUCAUACAAUGCAUUAGUAGAUCUUCAAAAAAUCAAUGAACUACUUAGGAAAAAAAAUGAAAAAAUGGAAAAUGAGAAUAAUGCUCUACAGAAGGAGAUAUCAGAAAUAAGAGAGGAGAAAUCAAAGUUAGAGGAUAAAAUAGUGGAACGGGAUGAAGAAUUACGGAACCUGAGGAAAGAACUCGAGGAGACAAGAAAUAUUCAUUGCUUUUAUAAGAAUAUUAAGAAACAUUUACGUGAAAAAGAAAAACGACUCAAUGAAAGAGCUGCAGUAUCACAGCUUGAGUCACAGCUGAGAAUGCGAGAUUUGGAACUGAAGAAGGCAAGGGGCACCGUGAAGGAGUUGCAAGAAGCACAGGAUCAAUAUAUAAAAGCUCUAAAAACUGCCCAGAAGAUGAAAGGUCACUUACAAAGGAUUGAACAGGAACAUUCUGAGUUAAAAGUUAAAGUAAAAGAGCAAGCUAGGCAAAUCAAAGAGCAUUGUGGAUGCCUGCAACACUCAUGUCUAAAAUCGGAGCAAAAUGAAAUAUUGGCAGGCGCUCAAGAAACUUCGGGGGAAUUAUGUGAGAACAGCAUUUCUCCAAUGAAUCAGACAGGAACCCGAAUCCAAAGUCUGAAGUCUGAACCCUCCCAAAUGAAAACUAUACAAGACUCAAAUAUGAGAGCCCUGAAAAGUUAUGAGCAACAGUGCAUAGAAGAAUUAAGGAUUAGCAAUGCAUUGUUAUAUGAACAAUACAAUCUUUACAGGAAUAAGAGUCUAGAUGAAUCCUGCACACAAGUUCGCAUCGUGGUAGAGCAGGACACAUCUCCUCUGAAGACAUCAGAAACCAGGUUUCCUCUUGAGAGCCCUUGUGUGGCAAGCACUUGCCCUCGCAGAAACGUCUUCCCAUGUGAAAACAUUGUUCUCCCAGGAAACCCAAGGUCUACUAAUGGCUGCCUGCGAGGCUGCCCAAUGAUGAUGGAAUAUGGGGGAAAAUCAAUUGCAGAACUUACCAAAUUAAAGCAAUCUUUAAAAUAUAAUUUGUAUCAGCAGAAGAAGAAAAAUGAUGAAAUCGAAAAGGAAAUUGUUAGAAUGAAGAAAUUCUUGAAAAUGGCAAAAAUUGGGCAUGAAAUUGGAGAAUGUAGUUCUCAUGGAAACUCAAGAACUGGUCAUUUUUGAGACAUGAGGAAUGUGUAGACUUUGUCACACCACUGGGUAGACAGAUACUCCAUUCCUCCACCAUGGAUACAGGACUCAAUGUGGCAGUCUUGAUGUGUUCUAGAGACAUCUCCUGGGACCACACCAUCUGCACUGAACAUCUAGCUAACUUCUCUAACCACAGCCUUGGAAACUUGGCCCCUGAUCCAGACACCAUCUACCAGCAAAGAUGACAAAGCACUGCCCUUAAUUAGAUUUUUAAUUAAACAGUGAAUUUUUAUUUAAAAAACUACCA